UCUGUGCUGCUGUGGGAGUCUCCUUUAAAAAAUCUUGCCGCGUCACUGGGAUGCGGUUGCUGGAGCCGGGCACUUAGCCUACCAUCCCCUCUCAUAUGCUCAACACUGAGAGGGACCAUCUGUCAAUACCUCCACUCACCGAAGAUGACAGCUCCGUCGAACCUGACCCAUGCUGCACCACAGGAACAACGCUUUUUGGUGUUGUUCGACUUUGAUGAGACCAUCAUCAAUGAAAACAGCGAUGAUGCUGUGUUAUAUGCUCUGCCGGGCCAGCAGCUCCCUGAUUGGCUGAAAAACAGCUACAGGGAGGGGCACUACAAUGAGCACAUGCAGCGGAUCUUGGCUUAUAUGGCGGAGCAAGGUGUGUCUAAGAACUCGAUCCAUUCAGCAGUGGUGAACAUCCCGCCCACGCCUGGCCUCCUGAACCUCCUCCAGUAUCUGCAGAGCCACCAGCAGGACUUUGAGUUGGCGGUGGUCUCUGAUGCAAACAUGUACUUCAUCGAGACGUGGCUGGAGCGCGCUGGGGUGCGUCAGCUUUUCCGGAAGAUUUUCACAAACCCAGCCACUUUUGAUGCAACCGGCCGACUUGUGCUGCUCCCCUUCCACUCCCACUCGUGCUCCCGUUGUCCUGACAACAUGUGCAAGCAGGUGAUCCUUCGAGAGUAUCUGGCUGACCGGCAAAAGGAGCGUGGUGGUGCACCCUUCCAGAGGGUAUUCUAUAUCGGAGAUGGGGCCAAUGAUAUCUGUCCCUCUCUGGCUCUGGGGCCCCGGGACACAACUUUUCCCAGGAGGGACUUCCCCAUGCACAAGCUGCUGGUGGAGAUGCAGCAGUCCCAGGAGACCAAGUUCAAAGCAAAUGUAGUUCCUUGGGCCAGUGGCGAGGACAUAGUAGACUGCCUGAAGAAAGUAAUGGAGGAGAGAUGAGAUUUGUGUGUGUCUGUGUGUGUGUAUGUGUGUGUGUAUGUUUGUAAGAGUAGGAGAGAACAAGAUAAAGGGGCAAAUAUAGCAAAGAUGCACCGACCCCAGUCAGGAUAUUCAUGAUUUUACCCCAGCCGCACUUGGUACAACUUAUAAAGAUGUAGCCAAACAGUGUAUAUUUUAAAGGAAUAGUUUGACAUUUAGGGAAAUACGCUUAUUCACUUUCUUGUUGAAUUAAAUGAGAAGAUCGGUGCCACUUUCAUGUUUGCAUGGUAAAUAUGUGGGUGGAACCAGCAGCCAGUUAGCUUAGCUUAGCACAAGAACUGGAAACAAGGCGAAACAGCUAGGCUGGCUCCGUCUAAAGGUAACAAAAUCCACCUAUGAGCACUCCAAAACUCACAAUUUAACAGUGUUGUUAUAUCUCAUUUGUCUAAACCAAGAUACAUAAAAUGCAAAUUGUGGUUUUAUGGAAGGUUAUGUUUUGAUUAGUUCUUGGCUGGAACCAGUUGCCGGGCAACCAGCGGGGACUCCAGCAUCUUGUCAUUUUUACACUUUUUACCAUUUACCUUUUUUCGUACAAAGUAAUUAAACUCAAUAUAAAGUGAUAUACUGUAAUUGGUGUAUUUUAGGAGUGCUGGUAGGCUGAUUUUUUUCAACUUUGGGCAGAGCCAGGCUAGCUGUUUCCCCCUGUUUUCAGUCUUUGUGCUAAGCUAACUGGCAGUAUAUUUACCAUUCAAAUGUGAGAGUGGUAUCGGUCUCCAAGUAAAGGCAUUUCCCAAAAUGUCAAACUAUUCCUUUUGCCACCUUAAUGACAUAAAGUGUGAAUGCAGUAUUUAGACCUGGACUCAGAUUGGGAUGCAAAUCAAUAAGCUCAACAGUCAAGAUAAUCAGAAUCAAUAAUGGAGAUAUGCAGUAUUGAUGAUACACAAAAUGCUGAAGAUAUUUUUAACCAAAGUUGUGCCUAGUGUGCUCUGGAGUGAACUUAAUCCAAUGCAGACAGCUCAUUUAAUACACCCUCAUAUUAAAUGUAAUUUAGUUUACAUUUGAACGUUUCACAGAAUCUGACAUUUUUGAGCAAGAUUUGAAAUUUUGCGUCAGACAACCAGACCAACAGCUUAAAGCUAAGGCCUCGACGAUAGACACAUAAGUAGGAUCAGGUGUUAUAGCACUACCUGAGACAAAAGACCACACAUGUCGCGUCAGGCAGGGACAAGAGCAGCAUAUAACAGGGAUAAAGUGACAGAGACUCCUGCAAACUACCUGUGCACUUUUCCACCACUCACUACUGAUACCUAAUCUAGGACUUGAUUAUACAACGGUAAUCUACACCAGCAUGAGAUCCAAAGGGAACACUGUAGCCAUACGUCUGCACUUUGGCCCAACGUUAUCCCCUGUGACUCAAACAAAAGUGUUAACACCAAUUUAAGAUUUUAAAAUCUCUUAUUAGCUCUGCUUGUACCCUACUACAAUUCCCAGUGAAUAUUAUUAUUGUUUAAAGGCUUUCUAUUUAGGAAGGGGAGCAUUUAUAUUAUCUGAAUAGUGCAACACCUUCUUAAUGUUUGAAUGUAUUCCCAGUUGAAACACAGUGUUGUAGGUGAUGAACGUUUCAGUCUACGUUUUACAUUUGCAUUAAUUAACUUAACAUGUAACCUCAUAUUGCCUCACCAAGCUCAUGACAGGGACUGUAAAAUACAUUUAAAAUUAUAAAGAAGGAGCACUUAUAUUCACCCUCAUCGUCUGUUUACCAGCACAUCAGUGUUCUGUUCAAAUUCAGGAAAUAGUGGAAUAUUAUGUCUUAGAGUUGCAGCUCUCAUCCUGUUCUCAUCUUGUUUACAAUAGUCUGUAUAAAUUCCCACACUAAUGGGCCAUGUAUACUGUACAUAUGCACAUAAGUAAACAAUCAUUGGUCCUGUCUAGUAACUUAUGAAUAACUGAGUGUAGUAUUUAAAUAACUACCAAACUAGCAUUCAUUUUGUAUUUUAAAUAUUUCUAACAAUAUAAAUCCACGUACAUACAUGUUGAUCAAUUCAUUACUGGUGACGAUAAGAAAGUCUGGGUGCUGAUAACAUGAAAGAAAGCAGUUAAUAUGUUUGUUAAUUGAUUAAUUACUUCUGGCUUUAAAAAAAAAUGCUGUAUAAGUGCUGGAAAUGUCGUUUAACCAGUGUUUUAGUUUCUCAGGGAGUAGAGAAGAAAGUGUUAAGAGGCAAACAUAAUAAUAAGAUGUUUAUAAAAACAAUGUGUUUAUCUGCACUUUCAGAUUUGCUGUUCUAAGAACAAAAUGUUCCUUUGUUAUUUAAAAAAAAAAAACGUAUACAUGUUUAUGAGAUGUAAUCAACGCAGCUGGAGUUUGAUCCUGAAAUUCUCUUGAGAUCAAAACCUAAUCCACUAAUGCUUUGUGAUUAGGAGACUAAAGUUCUGCUAGCUUUACUCCAUGUGAUGGUAGAAUUAUUACGAUGUAUGUAACAGGGGUGUUUUUAAUUUAACUGUGUGCGUGUACCUGUAAGACUUCCAUGGAGUUUUGUGCAAUAAUUCAACGCUGUAUACUUGAUAUGAUGUACAAGAGGUAUGAAGUUAAACAGGGAGAAAAACUUGACAUUUUCCGCUUCCUGCUUUGAUUCAGGGAUGUGAAAUGACCCCAGAUCAACAAAUUGUGGUGUUUUAUAAUUCAACUUUUAAACGGUAUUAGGUCUUUGCUCGACUAAUAUGCUACCUUUUUUCAUUUUUUGUGGUUUGCUGUAUAUUGGGUGUAUGUGUUUUUAAUCAGAAAUCCAUUUAUGUGUGUAAGGCAUCACUGUAACAGGAAUAUAAAGCCAUUAUCUGAUUAA